AUGUGUGAUGUGGGCUUAGCAAUGACAGCAAUCUGGGCUCCUGACGAUGCUGGAAUUGUUUUCUUUGGGCUCCACAAUGAUCCAUUCAAGCUUGGAAGAAUAUACUGCAAUAACAGACCGUUUGUACUCUUCCGUACAUAUUUUUGCCUGUUGAGACAGAAAAUCGCUUCUUUCAGCGGUUCAAUGUACUACUACGAAUUGAAUUCUGCCAAGCUUCACGUAAUCGGUGACGAAAAUAUUGCAGCCGAGCAUCCUUGUUUUUCGCCCGACGGGCAAACUCUUGUCUACUUCCAGCGACUUGCAGAUGGACCGCAUCAGGCUGUUAUGGAGUGUGUGAAGGUAUUUUUGGAAUUACCUUUGCUUCUGAGCAAAUGGUGAGA